CUCAGCGUCGACGAACCCUCGCGGCAGACUGAAACACGACGGCGAAAGGCACAAAGUCGCGAAAAGCGACGGCGUCGGAGGGACGAGCAUGCAUAUCCGUACAGCGCUGAUCAACGACCACGCCUACCUCUUAUCCGAACACACGUCAAAGCUGCCCGACCCAUUGAAACGGCUCUUCUUACCGACACCCUCCCGCACACUAACGGUGCAUACACAGGAGGCCGAGAAUCGCGUACAACGCGCCAGCACUACCGCCUGGAGGACUUGGUGGGUGCGGAAUCGCGAUAUGGAUUCGAACUGGUUCAUUGGGAUGGGCGCACCGUUCGGCCCAUAACAGACGAUUGCGGGCGGGUUAUUGCCGUUCUCUGUGGUGCUCCCGACGACUCGCAGUGGCACAACGUACAGGCAGGUGCAGCAGCAGCCAUUGCAGAGGCCCGCGAAGAGCUGUCACUGACAGUCAAGGAUCGCGUACAUCGGCGCGGAGACUUUCCUGCCUUAGCGGUGGGAAUAUCAUAUGGGGGAGGGCAAAAGCGACCACAGAAACUCGCACACUCAUCAGCAAAUGCUCGCGUCCUGGAGCAGCUUGUGCAGCAUGAACAUAUCAAGCGGAUUGCUGCCUUCGGAUCGAGUGUAUUCCGCACAUGGGCCCCACGUCUCUACGAAUACUACGCCGCACACAUGCAGUCCCUACUGGCGCAUGAUGGGCGCCUC